CCGCUGGAUGGUACUUCUCUGACAAGUUCCAAGUUUCAACUUUCAACAGCUUUGCUAGCCUUUCCAUUCUACAAGUAAUCUUCGACGUAUCGGCCAGCGAACGUACAAACUCAACAUUUCACCAUUAUCGUCAACAGUGAGUCCAUGAAACCUAACAGCCCCGAACGAAGAUCACAGAGCACCUAACCUUCUCGAUUCUCCUGAUCCAUGGCCUCUAAUGGAGCUCCUCAGAGAGCUGGGGAUACGGAGACCAGCUUAGAGAAGAUCAAGCGGCAGUUGGGUUCUGGUUCCGGUCGAAAUUUGCUGCAGGGUCCGCUUCUCAAACGAUCCGAAACCCUGAGGAAAUGGAAUGAGCGGUGGGUUGUCCUAGACCCAACAACGGGAAAAAUGGAAUACAAGAUUAGGAGAAAUGAACCAACAGUCAAGGGAACCAUUAUAUUUGAUGCAAAUAGUACGAUCACCAUAUCUCCUGUGAAUUUCCACGGACUACCAAAGUAUGAGGGUUGCUGUUUCUAUAUUGGGACCCCUCAGAAAAAAGACUACUUCCUCUGUGCAGAAACUCCUGGUGCUGCUAGUGCUUGGGUAUCAACGUUACAGGCAACACAGUUGGUUCUAAAAGCCCAUAAAGAAGCUGUGAAUUCCUUAAGUGGGACUGGUGCAGCAAAAUUAGGAACUGUUGCAACUGUUGUUGCUGCUGCCAAUUCAACAGCCAGGGAAUCUUCCAAAGAAAUUGAAGCGGCAAUGCAGAUAUCCAUGAGAAAUGCUUUGGGAAUGUUGACGAAUAGAACAAGUGAUGGUCAAAUGGAUGAUUUGACAAUCAUGAAGGAGACACUGAGGGUUAAGGAUGAGGAACUCCAGAAUUUGGCUAGAGACCUUCGUGCACGUGAUUCAACAAUUAAAGAGAUAGCAGAGAAGUUGUCUGAUACGGCCGAAGCGGCUGGGGCGGCAGCAUCUGCAGCACACAAGAUGGAUGAACAAAGAAGAAUGGCAUGUGCAGAAAUUGAGCAUUUAACAAAAAAUUUCAAGAAGCAGCUAGAGUCAUCCAUGUUGAAGUUGAAAGAGUCUGAAGGAAAGGUUAUGGUUCUAGGCAAAGAAAGAGAACAACUGAUCAGCCAGAGAGACUCUGCUAUUCAGGAGGCACAUUUGUGGCGUUCUGAGCUUGCAAAGGCCAGAGAACGUGUUGUGAUACUAGAAGGUGCUGUUGUUAGAGCUGAGGAGAAGGUAAGGGUUGUCGAGGCAGAUGCUGAAGGACGAAUAAAGGAAGCUGCGCAGAAUGAGUCAGCUGCCAUGAUGGACAAGCAGGAGCUUUUGGCAUAUGUUAACAAUUUACAAGCACAGCUUCAAAGACAGCAGAUGGACACAAAGCAAGUGUUUGAGGAGAAGACAGAGUCCUGCUCAGAUAUUGGCAGUGCUCUUCCCUUGACAAAGCACGUCGACUUGUUAGAGGAGAAUGUUGACAAAGCAUGUCUCAGUGCAUCUAAGGAGUGCGUGGUCAACAUGAAUCAAGUAGACCUCCAGCAACCAGGAGACAGUGGAUGGAGUGAUAUUCAGGCGACAGAGGCUCGGGUAGCCGAUGUAAGAGAGAUCACUCAUGAGACAGAAGGAAGAAGCUUGGAUAUUUCUGUUGUCAGCCCCCCAGUCAGUAACCAUCAUGAACAAGGAGUAGAUUCCUUCCAUCAGUCUUGACUUGUCUACGAGAGAAACCAUCCUAAAAUAGUAGGAAUAACCCAUCUACCAGAGGUCAGUUGCAGAAUUAGAUGGGGAACUUUCUUUGGUAUACUUUUCUUUCUUGUACUCGUCAAGUUUGAUAAGCUAUGCUACUUUAUUCCUUUUGUAAUGGUUGAAAUUGGAGCUUCCAUGUGUCAUUUCGAAGAAGUUUACCAUCUACCACCUAUGAUAAUUGUUAGAAGCCAAAUUGGAAAUAUUCAUGCCUUGAUUAGUAUUAUUGAAGAUGUUGAUUUCUCCUA